AAUGCGACAAGUGUUAUAGAUUUGGAUUUCAACCAACAGAACUGCAGUCUUUUGACCACGAAACUGUCUGGGAUUAAAAGGUCUCAAACAGGUCCUGCUGCCCCUUUACGCCUGAGGAUCUCUAUCAUGGAACGUCGGUGCAUAAACAAAAUUCAUCAGUCAAACUGGGGCAAGCUCUAUCAACAAAUGUCUAAAUGCAAGGCCUCAAACAAGCAUCAAAGUGCUUUAGCACUUCAGAGAAACACAAAUCGUGCAUCUGAAAAACAAGACAAUAAUGCAAUGCCGCAAAAUACCUUCCGAUGCACUCGGGAGAAUAGCCGUCCAAAUUGGAACGGGUGUAUAGAGGACACGGCAUGCCAUGUUGCAGGCCUGUGUGCACAAGUACAAAAGCUUACAAGACCAAAUACCGCAUUUGAC